AUGUGGCCCGCUAAGCCCAGCGCCGGGGUGCCCGCACUGCUGCUGUUGGCUCUGGCUUUGUCCCCGCCAGGGACCCAGGGGCGGCCCAGGGGACGCAGGACAGCGCGCGUCUCCGACCUCAGGCCACAGCUUUCCCCACCUGUGACAGGGACUCCCCUGGCUCCCAGAGCCUCCAGGAGCACAGAAAUAUUCCCAAGAGACUUGACCUUGAAAGACAAAUUCAUAAAGCAUUUCACAGGGCCUGUCACAUUUUCAGCUGAAUGUCGCAAACACUUCCAUCGACUUUAUCACAAUACCAGGGAUUGCUCAAUGCCAGCUUAUUAUAAAAGAUGUGCUAGAUUGCUGACAAGAUUAGCUGUGAGUCCACUGUGCUCCCAGACCUAGGAAAAGUGUUCUACAUUUCAUAAGAUGCAAAUAUAAUUUGAAGAAAAAGUGCCUGGAAUCAUAUUUAAUGUAAAAAAUGGACACGUUUAGUUUCAUAUGAACCUACAUGAAGUGACAUCCCAGGCGUUCCUACAAGUGGAGUCCUGCAGGAGGAGGGAAAGUUUCUUACUUACCUUAUGGACACAAUAAGUUACAGUAAUUUUUAAGAUCAUAUAUUGUAAAUAAAAUAUUUAAAACUGUGCCUUAUUUUUUCUAGGCAUAUUAUUUUUGUAUGGUUAAUAUUGUGUAGUAAGUAUUUAAUUAUGUGAAUUGUAUCUCAGUACUACUGUAACUACUGUAUAUAAUUUUAGUAAUAUGUUUGUCAGAUAUUGUGUUCAGUUUUGUAAUUCUUAUUUACUAUUUAAAAGCCUUUAUUAAUAACUUGUUGUCUUUAUGUGCAUUAAGUUGAACUGUGAAUUUUAUUAAAACAGG